AUGGCGAAUUUGCAGUCAUGGGGUCUCAAUGUUGUCAGGCUCGGCGUGAUGUGGCCCGGUGUGGAGCCAGCGCCCGGCAAGUACAACCAGACCUAUCUCGAAGUGGUGCGGCAGUUGGUGAACGACAUGCACAGUCACGGCAUUUACACCAUCGUGGAUUUCCACCAGGAUGCCUUUGCAGAGCGUUUCUGCGGCGAGGGCGUUCCGGAUUGGCUUCUUGGGAUGCUGGAGCCAAUCCGCCGCAGCUGCAAAGGUGUCUUCCCCGAGGCCGCAAAGCUCUUCGGCCAGUGCAAGUCCUUUGCUGAUUACAACUACAGCACGGACCCCAAGACAGACUUCCCGCGAAGCGACGAGUGCCUGAGCGUGGGCUUCGACAUGUACUCCCGGACGCCCGAAGUGACCAGCUCAUGGGGCAACUUCUUCGCUUUCGAUUCGGUGCAGCAGAAAUUCCAUGACUUCUGGUCGGUGGUCGCCAAAGCCUUCGUGGGUGUUCCAGGAGUGCUGGGUUACGACCUGGUGAAUGAGCCCUUGAAUGGCGACUACUACACUGAUGCCAAACUCUUCGAGCCCGGUGAGGCUGACCGGCGACUGUUGGAGCCCAUGUACGUGAGCCUGAGCAAAGUCAUCCGAGAGGCAGAUCCGGAGGCCGUCCUCAUGUACGAGCCAGCUCCGUUCCCGGACACCAUCCCGGCAUACGUGCCCCUGGCGGGCGGCGUUCGCCCGGUCGGCUUCCAAACCGGACCCACUCCCGGAGAAGGAGAACGCCAGGUGCUGUCCUAUCACAUCUACUCUUGUGGCUUCGCCACGGACAAGUGCGACAGGAAAGGCGACCUGCCUUCUCCAGUCUGUGAAGAAUGUGACCGCAUGGCAGACUCGGCGGUGGCCACGCGCGAAGCCGAUGCUCGGCGCCUUGGUGGCGCCGCGUUCCUCACGGAGUUUGGCGCUUGCUCGGGCACCCCCAAUUGCCUCUCAGAAAUCCACCGCGUUGCAGACAUGGCCGACCGCGCCUUGCAUUCUUGGGCCUACUGGGAGUUCAAGUACAACCAUGACAUCACCACAGUGGCGGGUCCUGAGGAGGGAUUCUAUGACCUCCAGGGCAGCCUACAGGUUCCCAAGGUGGCAGCACUUUCCCGGACCUAUGCACCUCUCGUCGCAGGCCGCACGACCUCCCUGCGCUACGACGCCUCCUCCGGUGCUUUUCGCCUGACCUACGUACCUGAGGAGAGCACACACGGCCUGAAGACGGAGAUCUAUUACAACGAGAAGCUCAACUACCCUUCCGGCGCCGAAGUCCAUGUCCACGGUGGAUCCUCCAAAGCAGUCGGAAAGAACCGAGUGGAGGUCACGGCAGAUGUGCCCGCAGGUGCAUUGGUUGACGUGGCGCUGGCACGACCGUCGUUCCUGGGCGAUGGUCAAUUCCGCUCUGCCGGAGGUGGCUUGGUGCAGUGGAAAGCAGAAUCGGCGAACACCACGUCGUUCGAGCUGUCCACUGCCAGCAGCGUCACCUGGUGGAAGGGUCUCAAGGUCAUUUCGGAUCUUGGCGAGACCGUCUGCGACCUGCACAUGCAGGACGCCACCCAUGGACCUAUCCGCUGCACUCUCCCGGAACCGGCGCAGAGCACGCUGCUUUUCAGCUACACCAUCGAGCUGUGGAAAGCCAAAGAGUUGGGCGUUCACAGGCGCGUGGACGUUUUGGACCACAAGUUCCUUGGUCCGCUCUUGGGAAGGACAGUGUCCUUCCACUGGUCUUCCGACUCCGACGUUCAGGAGGCGGCGAAGCAACUCCGUGGCGUUCCCGCUGGCGCUGGUCCUGCCGUGGAAGUGGUGGUUUGA